AUGUGUUGUUUAUUUAAGAGCUUUAGGAUUGUAAAUCGAAAGCAUGACAUCCAUCCACUGACACACCGUGUGGUACCUCGCCGUCUUCGGGUCUCCGUAACACUGCGGAAAAUUCGACAUGCGCCGUGUCAGUGCCAGUACAAAGAAUUUUGUGAUUGGGAUAGAGAAGGAGAAAUGUCUGUUCCAUCCGAUAACAAGUCGGCUUUGCGAAUUGAGAAUCAGUAUGUAAACGACGUUUAUGAAAGCAUUGCUUCUCAUUUUGAUGAAACGAGGGUGUCAGGAUGGUCUGGUGUCAAGAAAUUCAUGAAGUCUAUAGCACACUAUUCUGUAGUGUAUGAUAUUGGCUGCGGUAAUGGAAAGUAUCUGCUUCCCAAUGAUGACCUAAUUAAGAUUGGAUGCGACAUGAGUCAGAUGUUAUGCAAUAUUGUCUAUAGCAAAGGCCGUAUGGUUGUUCGUGCAGAUGCAUUAUCCUUACCAUUCCGAGAAGGUGCAGAUGCCGUUUUAUCCAUUGCUGUCUUACACCAUAUGGCUACAUUGGAGCGACGGCAGAAAAUGAUUGGUGAAAUUCUUAGGGUACUUAAACCAGGUGGGAGAGCAUGUAUCACUGUCUGGUCGAUGGAUCAAAGUAACUCGCAGUAUGCAAAGAUGAGAGACAACAAAGAUUCUGUCAUUGAAGACGUCAAGGGUCAAAAUUGUUCGGAGCGUUUGAAAGUCCAUGAUGGAAAGGAGUUCGUGCAACAGGAUCUUCUUGUUCCGUGGAGGGUUGAAGAAACUGAUGAAACAUUCAUGAGGUACUAUCACGUAUUUACUGAAGGAGAGAUGGAGGAGCUUCUGCGAUCUGUUGGCGGUUGCCAUAUAGAAAGCAUUGAAAAAGAGCAAGGUAAUUAUAUAGCUGUGAUAACAAAAGAUUAA